AUGGGGCGCGGAGCGCCCCCGGGAAAUAUCCUGCGCCCUCGGGCAGAGGGCCGGGGCGCAGAAGCGCCCCCGGGCAAAUCUGGGCCUAAGCAUGAAUAUGGACUAUAUUCGGAUACUUUAUGUGCGAUCCCUUCUUUUCCCUUCCAUUCCACCAUUCUUCCCUUUCUCGCUUUCGCUCCCCCCCUUGCGUCUGCAUUCGAAGGGGCUCAAGUUGGGGCGGAGCCAGCUAGAAAAAAACAUAAUUGUGAGCCGAUUGUGCUGGAUUCUGCGCAGGCGCCAAAGCUGGGGAGAACCCAGAUGUCCAAGGGCUGA